GUAUGCCGGCCAGUGGCGCCUCAUUGAGAGCUACGGAUCUCGAUACCAAAGUGGCACUUGCAACGUAGCUGAAUACAUAUUGCAAUCAAGCAACACUCUCGGCAUCACAAACUCACAGGUUGUCAACGAGGUUCUGACCACUAUUUCUGGGGCUGCCACUAUUUCUAGUACAGAUGGAACCGGACAACUUACAUUUAAUAUAAGAAAUCGAGAGUAUGUUAUGUUGGUAUUGGCAACCGAUUACAAAUCAUAUGCACUGACAUAUGGCUGUGAAAACAUAAACAAUGACCAGAGAAGAGUCACAAGCUGGAAAUUCAGUCGCUAUAAUACCUUGACCACGGAUGCAAUCAAUGCAAUAAACAAAGUAAUUGAAGAAAUCGAAGUAUUGCACCAGCCUUACUACUAUUCAGUAGACCGCAGACCUGAGGCUUGUUUCUAUUUCCCAGAAGUCAACCCAAACUCUAACGUCAUUUUCCGUGGUCAGUGUGACCAGACUAUCGAAUCUGUUAAAGAUUUUGAUCUCAACAAGUAUAUGAAUUUAUGGUACGACGUCGAAUCUUAUCCAUCGGCAUUCCAAGACGGCACAUGCCCCAACGCACAUUACACUUUGACCGGCAACACUGUUUCUGUGCGCAAUAGUCACGUUGUUGACCAGACCUUAGUGACUAUCGAUGGAGUUGCUACACUAGCAUCUACAGAUGGAAGUGGAAAACUUAAAGUUACAUUCAAUGUACAAAAUACCGAAGUUACUACUACAGAUUACUGGGUGCUAUCCACCAACUACGAAUCAUAUGCGUUGGUCUACUCUUGUGCCAAUAUUGAUGAUGACUACAUGAGAGUUUCUUCUUGGAAACUGAGCAGAGAAAAGGUUUUAGAAGCUGCAGAUGAGACUGCUAUUAGCAACGCCAUGAACGACAUAAAAGUUUUGGAUCAAAGAUAUUUCGUAAAACGUGACCAAGGCCCUGAUGGCUGUUUCUACUUCCCUGAACCACAACCAGGAGUGCCAGUGGUGUUCCCUGGACAGUGCGACGAUAGUAUUGCAGCGGUACCGAACUUCGACAUAAACGAAUUCGCAGGUACAUGGCAUGAGAUCUCAGCGUAUCCAAGGGCUAGCCAGUCUGGGCAAUGCAUCAGCCAACAAUUCACCGUCACCAACGACAACACCAUGCAUCUAGAGUCAUUCAGUGUACUCGACCAAUUCCAAUCGAGCACAGAAGGUAUCGUCACAGUCGCUUCCACUGACGGUAGUGGACGAUUGAAUAUCAAUAUUCAAUCCAAUGCAGAGCGAUCUGUGACAUGGCAAUUCCCCGGAUCCGAUCGAGUCAUCAUAAACGCCAGGUGUACUGGUGGUCGCAAGCGCUGGCAGCCCUACGCAAGACAUGCAUUGCUGUGCGACUCAAAAAACAAACAAACUACUUAUUUGAUUAUUAUAUCUAUUGUUUUGCUUCAGUACCUGGGACGCUGGCGAUUACUUGAAUCAUACUAUUCAGAAUUCCAAGAAGGUACAUGCAACGCCGCUUCUUAUGCAGCAUCAUCUGAUGGCACACUGAUUGUAACUAACUCUAAAGUUGUUAAUGAACAACUGACUAGUAUUGUAGGCUCGGCUGUUCCACUUGCCGGUGAUGGAAGCGGCAAACUUGUCGUCACUUUCCCAGACCGAACACCCACUGAAUACUGGAUAUUAGCAACUGACUAUGAAUCAUACGCGCUGGUUUAUACAUGCGUUAAUCUACCCAAUCAUCAACGAAGAGUGUGGAGCUGGAAAAUGAGCAGAUUUAGUACAUUGCCACCAAGUGCAACUACAGCAAUUAAUAAUGUAAUUAACAACAUAGAUGUUCUCGAUGAGCGUUACUAUCAAAAAAUUGAUCGAACGGAUGCGAGUUGCUUUUACUAUCCCGCAGUUGAUAGCGACUUUGAUAUAAUUUUCCCUGGACAGUGCGAUGACAACAUAAACGCUGUUGAAAAUUUCAACCCUCAGGAGUAUGAAGGUACCUGGUUCGAUAUUGAAUCCUACCCAACACGGUUCCAAAGCGGAACUUGUAACACGGCUAGAUAUUCUUCUAAUCCCGAUGGUACACUUGAAGUGGUAAACACCCAAGUAUCCGGGCAAAUUCAGCAAACUACAACAGGAGUUGCUUAUCCCACUAGCAACGAUGGAAGUGGCAAAUUUGAUGUCACCCUAACACAAAGCAAUGGCAAUGUUGUUACUACAAAAUACUGGGUGUUGGCCACUGAUUAUAGUUCAUACUCACUAGUGUAUUCUUGUCGAAACAUCGAUGAUGAAUUCAGAGCAGUUCACAGCUGGAAAUUGGGUAGAAGUACUUAUUUACCUGACGAUGCACAAGCUAAAAUCAAUGAAGAGCUUGACAAAGUACAAGUGCUAGAACAAAAAUAUUAUGUUGAGAGAAAGCAUAGUGACGAAGACUGUUUCUAUUAUCCUGACAAUAAUGGUGGAGAUGUCAUUUUGUCUGGACAGUGUGUUCCUGAUGCUCAAGUGCCAGCAGUUACCGGUUUCAAUUCUGCAGAGUUUGCUGGAACAUGGCAUGAAGUAGCCAGAUUCCCGUCAGAUCUGCAGAAUGGAGAAUGCUCAGCAACUGAAUUUACCCUAGUUGAUGGUAACUUCAACAUAGUUAAAACCAGUGUCAUUGAUGAGGCUCAGUUGAGUACAGCUACAAGUGGUAUACUGGCUACAGACGGUAGAGGAGUCAUCUAUAAUAUAAAUAUCGAUGGAGUGCCAUUUAAUAGCAUCUACAUUUUACUAACUGAUUACAAUGAAUAUGCAUUGGCGUAUAGUUGUAGAAAUCUCGACGCAGAAAGAAAACAAAUUUACAGUUGGAAACUGAGCAAAUCUCGCGCAGGAUUAUCAGAAUCAGCUCACUCAGCCAUCCAAGAACACAUUAGCAAUAACAUCGAUUUGUUUGAGGGAUACUAUCGCACUACAAAACAGGACAACACAGCCUGUUUCCACUAUCCAGAGUUCGACCAGCUCCCAUCAUCUAUAGAAUUGCCAGGACCCUGUGAUGCAUCUAUUAAAGGAAUCGCUAAUUUCGAUGGAACUGCGUUCUCUGGAAAAUGGUUCGAAGUCGCCAGAUAUCCGCAACCAAUACAAACAGGUCAAUGUAACAGUGCCGUGUACGAUAAUAGUGGAGACGUCAUCUCAAUUGUGUCGACCCAAGUUGUGAAUGAAAAACUGCUUAUUUCACAAGGAAAUGCUAAUAUAGCUAGCACUGACGGCUCUGGUUUACUGGACGUAUCUUUGGGUAAUGGUGAUGAUAAUAUAGAAGCAAAAUUAUAUGUGCUGGCAACCGACUAUAUCAACUAUGCUAUUCUAUACAAUUGCAUCAAUUUAGACAACGGAAACAGAAGACGAGUUGGAAGUUGGAAACUAAGUAGGUCUGGAACACUGAGUUCUCAGGAUAACGAUGCUAUUAAUGAAGUGGUUAGCAGUACACAAGGUCUAAUAAACAAAUAUUACCUGCACACUGAUCAGAGUGAUGAAGCAUGCUUCCACUACCCUGACCCCUCUGAAAGUGAAGUUAUAUUACCUGGCCAAUGUGAUGAGUCAAUUUCUGGAGUGUCAUCCUUUGAUAUGGAACAAUUCCAAGGAACCUGGUAUCAGAUCGAAAGAUAUGAUGCUGUUCAAACCAGCUGUAUCGGACUCAAAUUGACAUCAUAUAACUCAGAAUCAAAUGAAUUUGAAGUUCUUUCAUAUGAAGUUUCUGAUGGAGAAUUGUCUACUGUAGAAGGAACAGGUCAACUUUCCACUGAUGGCACCGGAAGAUUAUCUGUUGUGAUGUCUGAAGGAAAUUCGGCGACAACCAUUCUUAUAUUGUCGACUGACUAUGAGAGUUAUGCGGUAGCGUACAGUUGCAGCAACUUAGGUGGCUCUCAACGACAAGUUCGCGCCUGGCAGUUAAGUCGAACAAGGUCUAUGUCACCUGCAGGCGUAACAGCGAUUGCAGGUCUGAUAGAACAACGACAAGAGCUCCAUCAACCAUAUUUCAAAUCAAUCCCGCAUGACGAUGAUUGUCUCGAACCCAGUUCAGCAUUCCUGUUCAAGAGCAGUAUUAUUGUGAUCUUUGUUUGCGCUGUAUUACAAAUAUUAUUGUAAUAACUAUUUAGGAUAAGAUUAUCUAGAUAUAUUAUGUAUGUGAAAAAACUCGUCAAUUAUUUAUUUAUGUAGUUUUGUAUACUUCAUCAGUUAAUAAAUUUUUAUG